GCGACUGGCGGCGGCUACCGGCGGGAAGAGGCGGAGCAGCAGAGAGCGGCAGCGAAGAAGGAUGCAUCCUGCAGGGGACCGCGACGGCGCGACAUCAAUGGCCAGGACCCAGGACGCCAGGGUGGAACUGACUGCGCCAAUGGAGACACUACCCACAGAGGCGGUCAUGGAAACUGCCCCUCAUGAAGAUAAGCUUAAAGAUGGAUCAGCCGAGGAAGAAUUGGAUCCAUGGAAUCCUCCCUGUCCUCCUUGUCCUCCUUGUCCUCCUGUUGCUGACCUAAAUGUCCACGUAAGAUUAGCCAUGGAGUGGUUGGCGCAAAAACGGGCUAUACUUGUUACCUCCAGAGCAACCAAAAUAAUCAUCCCAGACCGUACUCCUGAGUCGGUGAAUAUUGCCCUCUUCAAAGCAAUGCCCUGUUUGACGCCCAUCCUGGAGAAGGAUAGCCACCGGCGCUUCCUCAGCUUAUUCGCAUACAGUGGGCAGGGCAUGGGAUGGGGCUAUGUCAUCACACCAGAGACUUUAGACAAUAUUAUCAUGCAGAAUGCUCUCCAAUGUGCCAAAGUUGCCUUGAAGGGCCGGGCACCUGAGCUCAAUGGGUACCGGGCCAAUCCCAACUACAUGACCCAAUAUGGGUAUUUCCCCCUCCACCGAGCUGCUGAAAUGUUCUCUGUCGAGAUGAUAGAGUUGCUCUUACGCCAUGGCGCGUCAGCCAACCUAAGCACAGUCGGUCCUGUAGUUACUGAGGGUCUACUCCCUCUCCAUGUCGCAGUUGAGAACACUUGCCUGCAUAAGUAUCUGGAGGACGGUCUAUUUCAUCACCAAAUGCAUCAGGAUUGCAGUGUGGCGGAUAUGAAGUAUGUCUACAAGCUCGUCCAUCUUCUGUGCCUGCCUGAACUGAAGAUCUUCUUGGAUACAGUCAGGCUUCUUGCAAAACACACAGAUAAUUUACUUGAUCAGCUCUGGAUCUACAUAAAAGAUGGAAAGCUUACCCAGACAGCUGUUCUGCUGCUGGCAGCGCAAGAGCAGAUCCGCACUGGAACUUCCCACAAAGGCAGUAAGGUCAAUAGUAAGUUGGACGGGUUUGCUAUUAUUACUGGUGAUAUUGUGCACAAGAAUACUUUACAAUCCGAGGCAUGUGAGAACAUAAUGGAUUCAAACCAACCGAGCAAGAUAAAUGCCAUUAAUGUGACAUUAUUGUCGCUUAUUGAUAUAAUUUCUCGAGCUGGCGCAGCUCUUGAUUCAUACAUUAGGGCACACCCAAAGAUGCCAUAUGUGAUGCAUGUAUCCCACUCGGAAGUCCUUGAACGUGUUUCAUUGAUUCUGAAGGAGCAUGGUUUUUGUCGUACUGGAGCACGUAUAGACAUCGGAAAUCUCUGCCCGUAUAAAAACGUGUUAUCCAUUGAAGAUCGGCGCGCCAAGUCAGCUGCAGAAGUUGGUUAUCAUGCUGCAAAGGAAGAGGGCAAAAUAAAGAAAAUCAGCAAAGGAUGGGAGCUCAAAUAUGCAAGGAGAAGUUUCUUUCCAUACUGGAGAUCAGUGUUGGAACCCCAGUCUUACGGGAAGAUGACCUUUGUAAAACCCAUGCUCACUGUUGAACAGAUCAAUCAUGAUAAACGUUUGGGCAUAGGAUCUGCUUUUGGUGGACUGCUGGGCAGAGUUCAGCCAGUAGCUAAUCAUCAACCAAGAAGGUUCUUUUGUACAGCGUCUUUAACACUCUUGAAAGUGUUAAGGAAUGCAUGAGU